AGAAUGAAUUGUGCCGAAUGAAAAUGGACAUUUCCAUGCUUGAUGAGCUUGUUCACGAGUAUUGUGUCUAUAGGGGUAUCGUGGACUCUGGCCUUGCUUCCCCUUCUGUGUCUGGAUCUUUAAGAGUUGAUCAAUCAGAGCCUGGAUGUUGUUUAUCAAGAAACUGUUCUACUGAAGGUGAAUAUGGAGCCAGUAAACAUUCUGAUGGUGAAACUUCCGUUAAUAAUGCUCAAUUGGUAAGCUCUCCUGAAACUAAUGCUGAUGUGGUGAGCAUGCAAAAUACUGAUUUGAAAGAGCGAUACCCUUGUGAGACAACAAGCAACCAUGAAGACUGUAGCACCAGUGGGACACAUCAUCCCGACAAUUUGAAGGUGCUGCAAAGAAGUCGAAAUCAUGGAACUGGGGAAAGAAACAAACGCAAGCGGUGGAGAGGAAGACAGGAGAAGCUGGAAUUUCUUUCUGAGGUUUUCAGUGGAAACAAGCAAGAGCCUGGCCCUAAUUCCUUUUUUGCCAGAACAAAUAUGUUAAAAGAACAACAGGCUUCUGAAAAAUUAGUCACAAUGGAUGUUAUAAACAUCAGGGAGGACAAGUAUGAGAUUGUGUUGGCAAUGAAGGAACUAGCAAGCAGAGGAAUGGCUGCAGAGGUUGUGGAAGAAAUAAAUGCUAUAGACCCAAUCUUCUUUGAGCAAAAUCCGCUUUUGCUCUUCCAACUUAAGCAGGUUGAAUUUUUGAAGCUGGUCAGCUCUGGUGAUCAUUCUAGUGCACUAAGGGUUGCUUGUUCUCAUUUGGGCCCUUUGGCAGCUAGCGAUCCUGCUUUGCUGAAGCCUUUAAAGGAAACAUUGUUGGCCCUGCUCAGAACUAGUGAAGAGGCACUAGGAGAACGCGUGCCUUUAUAUGCUCUUGCAUCUUCACUCCAGGUUGCUAUUGGUCGGAAGCUUGGUAUAGAAGAACCCCUUCUUAUGAAGAUAAUGAGAGCAACCCUUUACACACAUAACGAGUGGUUUAAACUUCAGAUGUGUAAAGAUCACUUUGAAGGUCUCUUGAGGAUUGACUCGCUGAAAGAAGUUAGUAUUCCUUUGCUUGCUGAUGCUGCCUCCAAGUCAAAUGUUGAUACUUGCACCCAUGGAUCCUCCCAAGUUACGAUAUCCUCAAGCAAUAGGAUGCAGGAAGAUGGGAGCAGUCCUACUCAAGUAUCAUCUGGAGAUGUUUUAUGUGAUGAAAAUGCAAUUAUUAAAGUUAUGGAAUUUCUUGCUUUGCCAAGGGCCGAUGCCAUCCAUCUUCUUGCACAGUACAACGGGAAUGCCGAGACUGUAAUCCAGCAGAUAUUUGCAUAGUUUGGAGUGCACAGUUGUAGUGAAACUCAGUUUCUUUGUUUAUUUAUUUGUUUCGGAUAUUAUUUUAUUAACUUGUACCAUAGAUAUUCCAUGUUCAUACACACACACUUUCUGGGUGAAAAUCCCCAAUUCUGUACAAUUAUGUGAGGUGCUCUGGUCAGAUAUAAAGAACUUGUCAUUCUGAAUUAUUCGAUUGGUUCAGUUAUGUGUAACGGUGAUGAGACUGAACUCUUGUUACUUAUUUUUCAGGGAUAGUGAGUACUUUCAAUCUUUAUCUGGGGAGGCAUUAUUAUGUUCAUGUUGUCUGCCCUUGACAUUUUGAAAAGGUAAGACUCCAAUCCUCUUCCCUUUUCACAUAUUUCUCUUAGGAAAGAAUUUGGCUCUUGACGCAUUCUCCUAAUUCUUCCAACACAUUUUUAUUCCAGUAG